UCCAGGCACCCACCUCUCCUGAUCCUGCCCUCAGGCUUGUACAAAGGCUCCCCGUCUCUUUUCCAGACACAGGAUUCGCUGUGCCCCUUCCCUCUGUGGGCACAGAGAGAGCCCCUCGCCCCGGUUCUCCAACGUGCACCGUCCUCAUUCGAGGACACAGCCUGAGCCAGGCACCACCCCCGAGGACCCGUCGUGCCAAGAGGGCAGACCCCCAAAACGCCCCACACAGGGUCGAGCCCGGGCGCAGGCGCGGUAGCCGCGUGGGCCAGUCAUGACUGCAGUCCUUUCGGGGCCACGACACUUCACAGUUCAGAGUGCUUCAUGCCCCUCAUCUCAUCGGAGCCUUUGCGACAGCCCUGCCCAUGGCCACCGACGCCCCAGUUUCACACGUGAAGAAACCAGGCUCCGACGAGCGGCGAGCCCCUGCAAAGGCUGUGGCGGGAACGGUGACGGCGGCGGGCCGGCUCCUCCCCCGACCCUCCCUCCUCCUCACCGCCCCCGGGGUGAGCCCGCCGCGCCCUCCUCGCGGCGUCGAGAGCCCCGGCUCCGGCCUCGCUUCCUCGGCUGCGGGCCUCCAGCACCCGGGGUCCCGGCCCCCCGCGGGCUGCGCCGCUGCGGUGGGUACAGCCCCCAGCACCCGCCUACCACAGGCACCAUGGACUGGAAGACGCUCCAGGCCCUGCUGAGCGGCGUGAACAAGUACUCCACAGCAUUUGGCCGCAUCUGGCUGUCAGUGGUGUUUGUCUUCCGCGUGCUGGUGUACGUGGUGGCCGCGGAGCGCGUGUGGGGGGACGAGCAGAAGGACUUUGACUGCAACACGAGGCAGCCGGGCUGCACCAACGUCUGCUACGACGAGUUCUUCCCUAUUUCCAACAUCCGCCUUUGGGCCCUGCAGCUCAUCUUCGUCACGUGCCCCUCACUGCUGGUCAUCCUGCAUGUGGCCUACCGCGAGGAGCGCGAGCGGCGGCACCGCCAGAAGCACGGUGACCAAUGCACCAAGCUGUACGACAAUGCAGGCAAGAAGCACGGCGGCCUGUGGUGGACCUAUCUGUUCAGCCUCAUCUUCAAACUCCUCAUCGAAUUCCUCUUCCUCUACCUGCUCCACACUCUCUGGCACGGCUUCAGCAUGCCACGCCUGGUGCAGUGCGCCAGCGUAGCACCCUGCCCCAACGUCGUGGACUGCUACAUUGCCCGGCCCACCGAGAAGAAGUUCUUCACCUACUUCAUGGUGGGCGCCUCCGCCGUUUGCAUUGUACUCACCAUCUGUGAGAUCUGCUACCUCAUCUUCCACAGGAUCCUGCGGGGCCUGCGCAGGAGCAGAGCCCCAGGGUGCGGCAGCCUCCCAGCCUCCACCUGCUGCUGCCACCACAAGCUGGUGGAGCCUGGGGAGCUGGGCCUGCUCUCCCGCCAUGACAAGCCACAUGCUUCAGCACCCAACCUGACCCCCAUCUGACCACAGGCUGGGGAGGGGUGCUGGGCCACCAGUGGGGACAGGCAAGGAGGUAAUGCGCCGGCGGAGGGGUCCUGCAGGUGCUGGGUGCCCCCACCUUGAAUUCACUAAGCUAUCCAAUUUCAUUUUUGGCAGAUAUUGAGUGCCGGGCACUGUGCUGUUUACCUGGGUGUAGGUCACACCACAGGACCAGUGCCAGCCCUCAGGGAAGACAAACAUUAAAACAAGCAAGUUAACCACUGCAUACAAGGGGGCGCAGGGGCUCAUAGCAAGGCUUCUACCUAAAAGGGGUGAUCAACAUGGCUUCCUGGAGAAAGUAUUGUUUAAGAGAGGUGUAAAGUGCUUCCUAGCAGAGGGAACAGCAGGUGGAGAGGCCAGAGGCAACAAAAAGAGAGGGGCUCGCCCUGGCUUGGAUGCACAAGAACAAAGGGAAUCUUCAUUCCCUUGGGAGAAGCCCCCAGAUUCCUGGGGUGAAGAGGAAGUAUUCUCCCAGCAAAGAGUCUGGAGGCCUGAGCGUGUGCUUGGAAAGAGGAGGAGGAGCCUCUGGUGACACCAACCCCUCCUUGAGACACCCAGGGGUCCUCUGGGUCACCCCUGCCCUUGGGGUAGCCCUCCUCCCUCAAAUCCUACUCCCCCGGCCUCAGACAGCUUUGCUCUAAUAGUCCCCCUCACAAAUGCGCUCAGUCUGAUGCCAGCCUCUCAGACCCUGCCCGGGACUCCCGGACUCUGGGACUCCGUCUCAAAGUGUGCUGAUAGGUACACCCCCAAGGCAGUUUCCUUGAAUCAGUAAAGGCUGUGUUUUAUA